AUGCCGCGCUCGCAAGCCAUCAGAAUCAUCAACGUGCCUUCGGACGUUGGAUCCAUGAUCAAAGGCAAAUCGCUCGCGCCAGAGGCAUUCCAAGCAGCAGAACUUGCUGGGAAAUUGACGAAAGUGGGUUACGAUGUCGAGGAUAUCAAUGCCCUGCCGGAUGGACCUCGAGUAUGGACUUUUGAUGCUGAGAUUUCGGAGAAUGGAGUUCGUAAUGAGGAGGCUAAUGUGGAGGUGAAUCGUCGAGUUGAGGAGGCUGUGAGCAGAGUCCUCCAAACCGACUCUGAUACUCCUCCGUUUCCCCUCAUCGUCGGCGGCGAAUGCAACAUCGUGCCCGCCAUCCUCUCUGCGUUCUGGAACACGAACACGCUGCAAGGCAAGACGAUCGGCCUCCUCUACCUCGACGGCGACUGCGACCUCACCAUCCCCAACGAACCAUGGGCCUCCUACAACCUCGCCAGCAUGACCUUCACGCACCUGACCAUGCGCGAAGGCGCACUGGAGAGUAUGAAACCCUUCACGCGCCCAGAUGGGAGAGGGGUCUGUGAUGCGGGGAACACGGUGUUGUUUGGACUGAACGCGGCCUUGCAGGGCAACACCCGUCCGCAACUCGCAUACCUCUUCGACGAAGGCUACCGCGUCUUCACAUCCUCGAGCGUAGCGCGGAACCCCGUCGGCGCGGCGGAGGAAGCCCUCGCGUGGUUCGAGGCGCAGGGCGUGGAUUGUUUCCUGCUGCAUCUGGAUGUUGAUGCGAUCGAUGCGACGCUUUUUCCGCUGGCGAAUGUGGGGAAUCGCACCGGGGUGGGGUUUGAGGGCGUGUUGGCGGCGGUGAGGACGUUUCUGGGGAGUCGGAGGUGUGGAGGGUUGUGUGUUGCGGAGGUGAAUCCAGAUCAUGAUCCGGGGGGUGUUAUGGUGGGGGCUUUGGUGGAGGAGUUGGUUGGGGGGUUUGAGGGGAGGGUGGAGAUGGGGUGA